AUGACCUUGGACCAAAGCAACACAACCGACACAACCUCUCCCGACAUCACCUCCAUUGCUUCAUGGGACUUGUCAUCCGAUCCGACGACCCCAGGAAGCAAUGGCGCCGCGCGACGCGACAGCAAACACAAAACCCGGACACUUGCACCAAAUCUUACGCGACGGUCGCAUAAAAAGAGCCGCGGCGGCUGCUUCUCGUGUAAGCAGAGGAAGAUCAAGUGUAACGAAACAAAGCCCGCGUGUGGAAGCUGCUUGAUGAAGGGACUCACUUGCGUCUACCCGACCGAGCCAGCGCCACGGAAAUCGAGCAAUCUGCCGUUGAUGAAGCGCAAUCCCAACAGUUCACCGUCUUUUCCAGCUGCGACCUUCUCGAUCCUGGAUAUGAGAUUCUUCCACCACUUCCUCACAAUCGCCUACCCACAUUUGCCCGUAGACAACGACCAUGUCUGGGUCCACGAUAUUCCCCAAUUCGCCGAGCAGCACGAAUAUCUCAUGCACGCCUUGCUCUCGUUGGGCGCGUCGCACCUCAGCCGCCUCACCGGUGUGGAUUAUCGACGAGAGUCCCUCAUCCACCGCGGCCAUGCCAUCGCAGGACUCAAUCAAGCACUCAGCCAGACCGCGCGCACGUACGGCGAGUCCGACGCCAUGCUCGCUUCUUGUUAUGCGCUUACCUUUCAAGCCUCAUACAUGGGCGAUGGUCUCGCUGACUUCAUCACUAUGGUACGAGGUUGCGCCUUGACUACCGAAAAAAUCAAACAAGAACAUGCCCCGACAGCGUUCAACCUGCAACCGGAUUGGCACUUCAAGUACAUGGCGCCACGGCUGCAGAAUUUGCCACCGGUCGACCCCCGUCUCCUUGAGGAUGCAUAUGAUGGCCUGGAAAAUAUUCGACCCUUCCUGAGCGGCACUACCGAGAUUGAUUUCCAUGCCGCGCUGGUCGACGUGAUUACCUCUCUCCAGGCAUCGCCGGCCUCAGGCUACCUACAAUUCAUCGGCGUGUACGGCGUUUGGUACGAACUGUGCCACGAUGCGUUCAAGACAUUCCUUGACCCGAACAACCUUGUCGCGCAACUCCUCCUUGCAUACUUCGUGGGCCUCCAGUUACUGAUGGUCCCGCUGGCCGCUCAUGAAUGGCCUCACCGCGCAGAUGUGAGUCGAGUUCGUGUCUUGCAAGGUUCAGUCGAGUGGGCCCAGGGGAUCUUUGAGAGACUUGAAGAUUCGGAAUGGUCCAACCAUCUCGACUGGCCCAGGACUGUUAUCGCCGCAGUCAUUGCCGAGAUCAAUGGCGAAGUACUUCAUCUGCCACCAGUGCUGCAGCUUCACUUAGCAGCACAGGACAUCACUCCUGAGACGACCAUGCUAGAGUUGGAGCCUAUAUGA